UCAAACGUUCAGGUGGAAAGAGCCAAGCUGGAGAAGGAGAUGGGCGGCCUCGGUCUGGACAUGACCGACAAGGAUGAUAGUCACUACGCCCAGAACGCCCGGCGCUCCAGAAGCGUCACCAAGAAACGUAAGCGUGACGUUUCUGUGGUUCCGACCUCAAAGACCCGAAGCCAGAGCGCCUCCCGGCCGCCCAGAGACCAGUCCGGUCUGCGAGACCCAACGAUGGUGAAGAAGGCGAAGAUCAUGAUGAAGAUCGGCCAGAGAGACAUGAUCCGUCAAGGAAAGAAGGGAGAGGGGGACAGACACAUUUACGACCUCAAACCCAAACAUCUGUUCUCCGGGAAGAGGACGAACGGCACCAACGAUCGCAGAUAAAAAAACAAAAACAUACAUCCUUUUUCUGGACUGGACCCUCUUUUGGAAAGUAUAGGCUUCUGUGUGGAGAUAACGUCUUCGCUCUCUACGUUUACCCGCCAGCAAAAAGAGGAAAUAUCCUUCCUUUUGUAAGCGUGGAAACUCUGCUCAUAUGAUAUUUUUGUGACAUAGGAGCGCUGUCCUUGAGGAUGGCAGCUGGGGAAAUAUGAAAUGAUUUUAAUUAUAAUAACAGUCUGUCUUUUAUUUGUCAGCACGAAAAAUAAGGUUGUUAUAAUAUCAGAAAAAAAUCUAUAUGGAAAAACAGACUCAGAAAUCAGCUUAUAGUCAAAUGUCUUGUUUUCUAACUGUGGCUGCCAUGAGCAAAAACGAACAUCAAUGUCAACUAUUAUUUAACUGAUUUGUUUCUGUCUUGGCAAUAUCAGUUAUUUGAAGAAACAUGCCUUAUAAUGUAUGUGGAUCAGAACAUGUUGGGUUUAAGUUGGAUAAAGUGAUGAUGAUUCUUCUUCCCCCACAAGUCUCCCUCUGUUAAAUAAUCAAAUUAACAAGGAGGCUUAAUAAAUAUACACCUGAACUAAA